GCACAUAUAUCCACAUACAUAUAUACACACACACAUAUAUACACAUAUAUAGAUACACACAUAUCCACAUACAUAUGUACACAUGUAUAUACACACACAUAUAUACACACACCCAUAUCCACAUACAUAUAUCCACACACGUAUAUACACACAUAUACACAUACAUAUAUCCACACGUAUGUAUACACAUAUAUAGAUUCACAUAUAUCCACAUGCAUAUAUACACACACGUAUAUAUACACAUAUAGAUAAAAUAGAUACAUAUAUCCAUGUACAUACAUACACAUGUAUAUACACACAUAUACACACAUGUAUAUACACACAUAUAGCCACAUACAUAUAUACACGCAUAUAUACAUAUACACACACAUAUCCACAUACAUACACACACGUAUAUAUACGCACAUAUAUAUACACAUAUGUAGAUACACGUAUAUACACACAUCCACAUACAUAUAUACACACGUAUAUAUACACACACAUAUAUCCACAUACGUAUACACACACGUAUAUAUAGACAUCUAUACACACACAUAUCCACAUACAUAUAUACACACGUACACACACACACGUAUAUACACACACAUAUCCAUAUCCAAUAUACACACACGUAUAUAAAAAAAUUUUUUACACACAUAUAUAUACACACACAUCCACAUACAUAUACACACACAUAUCCACAUACAUAUAUACACACGUAUAUACACAUACAUCCACAUACAUAUAUACACACGUAUAUAUACACAUUUUAUACACACACACAUACAUAUAUACACACAUUUUAAAGCAAUAAGGAAAUUUUAUUAUUGGUAUUGUUUUAUAUCCUGCAUGUUUACAUUGUGGGAACCUUUGUGCUUUACAUUUAGAUCAUUAGCAUAAUUUUUAAUGGCUGUGUAUUAUUCCAACGUGUGCAGCUAUAUAUGUGCCAUAAUUGACUUAACCAGUCCCUGAUGGAUGAAUAUCUGAGUUGUUUUCUUUUUUUCCUAUUCAAACAAUUCCGCUGUACACUUGUUUAAUUAUUUCACUGGACAAAUAUCUUUUUAAGUCUUUUUUUUUUUCCUCUGUCAUGUCAAAUUGCUCGUUGGAAAUAUGGUAUCAUUUUAAAUACCCUCUCACUGUGUAUGUGACUAUCCAUUUCGACAUACUCUUAACAUUAUUAGAUCCUAUAUUCUCAGUAUUUUUAAUUGUUGCCAAUAUGAUAGAGGGAUAAAGGAUAUCCAAUCUAAAUUUUCAUUUAUUUAUUAGUUGAAAAUCUUUUCAUAUGUGUAUAAGUAACUUGUAUUUCUUAUUUUGUGAAUAAGUAUUUGUCUUUUCCCUCAGUUAUUAUAUAUAUAUUCCUCCUUAUUGAUUUAUCAGCUGUUUAUAUAUUUUGUGUAAUUUGCAACUUUUCCCCCCUAGUUUGUUGUUUGCUUUUUAACCUUUUCCACUCAUCUAUCCAGAAUAGUUUUAGUAAAUUUGCUUAAUGAUUAUAAUUUUUCCUUUGAGUCCUUGCAAUUUUUUAUAUUUUUAUUCAUCAAGCUUAUAAAUAAAUUGAUAUCUUACUAAGAUAUUUUAUUAUAUAGUUAUGCCAUCUAAAAUUUGUUUUUAAUUUCAAUAACUUAUUUGGUUAUCACAUUAGAAAAACCACAGUGUAGUGUAGAAUUUUUUAAAUGUGGAAAGAAAAAAAAAUCCUUAAUAUACUUACAAUUUGACUACCAUACAGAGCAUCUGAUAAAAUUUGAGAGUUUUCCUUUCAGUAAUUUUUCUAUAUUUAUGUAGUUAGGGUAACAUUAGGUAAAAAAAAAAUAAAAACCCCAAAUAAUGUUGUAACAUUAAAAAAAAAAAAAUAGUAGGGGUUUAUUUCUCAAUAAAUCCAGUGUAGGCGUUUCUGAUGGUGAUCUGCCCUCCACUGGGUGGUUUAGUAGCCCAGGCCCCUUCCACUUUGUGACUUUGCCAUACCCCAGGGCUUUGGAGUUUUCUACAUCCCACUGACUGAUGGAAGAAGAGAGCAUGGAGAAGGCACAGCAUUUCCUAACCACCACAACCUGGGGGUGCCCCAUAUCACUUCACUGGUGUUCUUUUGGUGGGAAUAGUCAUAUAGCACAACCUAGAUGCAAGGGACGGAGCCCUGGUAAUGCAGUGGUCAAGUGCUCAGCAGCUAACCAAAAGGUUGGUAGUUCAAAUCUACCAGCUGCUCUUCCGGGAAAAAAGAUGUAGCAGUCUGCUUCUGUAAAGAUUACAGCCCUGGGAGCCCUAUGGGACAGCUCUACUCUGUCCUGUAGGGUCACUAUGAGUCGGAAUCAAUGCAAUGGGCAAGGAGUUUAAUUUUUUGUUUUAGAUGCAAGGAAGGCUGGGAAAUGUAGCUCCUGGCUGGGCAGCUGUUGCCCAGUGAAAACCCUACACAGCGGAAGGGAAGUGUGAAUAUUUGCUGGACAUUAGCUGAAUCUGCUACCAUAUAUUACAUUUAUAAUGUAUAUGAUAUAUAUCUUCUUUACAAAAUGGAAUCAUCCUAUUAGAAGUUUUGAAUUUUAGUAUCAUUUUGUUGCUAUUUCCCUGUCUUUAAAUCUUUUCCAAAAACACGAUUUUUAAUGUCUGCAUAUUAUUCUUUGCAUUGAUGCACAUAAUUUAUUUAACCGUCUUUCUCUUAGGGCACAGUUAGGUUUUUCUAGAUUUUCAUUAUUACGAAUAGUGAUGCCAUAAGUGUCCUUGUGCAUAAAUCUUCGAGCAUUCCUCUGAUUAUUUCCUCGGGGAAAAUUCUUAGAAGGGAGCAUGCUCAGUAUUAAGGCUGGAGGUACAGAUUACCAGAUGGCCCUUCAGAAAUGUGGACUAAUUUACACCCUCCUCAGUAAUGUCUGAGAAUUACCAUUUCAGAGCACCCUUGACUAUACUGGCCAUUAUAGUUGUUUUGAUUUUUUUUUUUGUCAAUUUGAUAGUUGAAAGCUGUAUUGCAUUGUUGCAUUGAAAAAGUGUUGCAUUGAAAGUGCUGUUGCAUUGAAAACCAAUCCAGUUUUUUAAUUUGCAGGUUUUGCUCACUAAUAGGUUUGAACAUUUUUUCAUGAGGUCAUUAGUCAUCUUUGUGAUUUGCCUCUUUGGUUCUUUUCUCCAUUUUUAUCUUUUGGUGGUCAUCUUUUUUUUUUUUUUUUCAAUAAUUUGUUCAAGUGAUUUGUAUGCAGUAUGUAUAUUGUCAUAUGUUGCAAAUAUUUUUAUCUAACUUCUCUUUUCCUUGGUUUUGCUUCAGAACUUAAUUGUCUUAGAUUAAACCUCUGCAGUUGGAGCCCUGAUGUGUGAUACCACACCCAUUGAAUCUGCCUGGUUAGCAGGAGGCCUGAGAUUAAUAACAUUUUAAAAAAGCAAAGCAAAUUUCUUUAUUCCGACCCAUCAUAUCGUUUGGAUGUUCUUAAUGUGAAUUUCAGUUAGGUGGGGAUGAGAGAGACUUAUACUAUUGAUCAAGGAAAUGGGCUUGACAAGCAGGAUUUGGGGCACUGGUCUGCGUUACCCACGGAGAUAGUGAGAUCAGCUUCUGGCCACUCUAUCUUCCUAGGAAACUUAAGAGAGAUAGGAAGACGGGCCGGUGGGUGGUAUCUGAGAACUCCGUUGUUUAGCUAAGUGAGUAGCAGCAGGCUCGGCUGUUUUCCAUGUUAGAUUUUAUUUUUAAAAAAAUGUGGUAGAGUGGAAGCAGCUCAAACUGGGAGUCAGAGAACUGAGUUGUCGUCCUAGCCGUGCCACUGUCUGACUGACUGUGAUUCUGAGCAAGUCUCUUGUCCACGUGAGGCCUCAGUUUACUCAUCUGUGAAAUGCAAAGAAGAGUCCCUGGGUGGUGCUAACAGUUAAUGCACUUGGCUGCUAACCUUUCAGUUGGAGGUUCAAAUCCACCCAGAGGCACCUUGGAAAAAAGGCCUGGCAAUCUACUUCUGAAAAGUUAGCCAUUGAAAACCUUAUGGAGCACAGUUCUACUUUGACACACAUAGGGUUGUCAUGAGUCAGAGUCAACUCAACAGCAGCUGGGGGAAAUGUGAAGGGGUGUUCUCAGAGAUGUUUUGGGUGCACGAAUUCAAGGGCUGUGUGAUGGAGCUCUGUGGGGCCUCAUCUGCAUUCAGUGCCUGCAUUUACCUGUGUCAGGUGGGUGGGCGGAGAGGGGAGAGCAGGUCAGUCCCUCUAGUCUCCCAAGUGAUAUAUGAAAGAAAUCAACCCAGUAUAUAUCUUCCCCAGAUAUAAUGUGAUGUAAAUGUGAUAGUCACCUAAUAAGAUUAGAUGAAUCUAAUAUGAUUUUCCUCUAAAACACAAAUACUGCACCACUUUUAAUUGUAGUAGCCAAAUUAAAUUACUCAUCCCAAAUUAGAUUUCCAGCAAACUUAAUUUGAACUUGAGCUCAGUACUGCAGACUCUGAGUAAUUUUUUAAGAUAUGAAAUAAAUCAGUGGAUACUGAUAUUGUUCCUCUGGGCUACUUCGUGGUUACUAUAAAAGGGAAAAAAUAAACAUUGUGGAGAAAACAUGCAGAAGGAAAGCUGAGGCAGAGACUCUGGUUCUACAGUUAUUGAUGAGUGAGUUUUUUCCUUUCCAUCACUGCGACCCUCACUGGUCUUAGAAAAUAGGGACCAAAUAAAGGCAGGCCCAGUAAUCACAUAUCUUAUUGCUUAUGGUUGCUUUUCUUCUUUUUGGUUCUUGAGCAAUUCCCCUUAAUGUCUUUACCCACUUCAGGAGGAUGCUGGGUAGGAAAUGGCUUCCUGAGUAGUUUAUAGAACCACAGGGAUUUGGUGAGGGGCUGUCAAGGUCUAUAUCAUUGCUUUAUCUAGCCAUAUUUUCUCUCGUUUUAUAUCAGUUAGGUUAACUGAAAACCAAUUCAAUUGGCUUAAGCCCAAACAAACAAGACAAAAAGUAUGCUGUAUGUGACUGAGCAACCCAGGGGUAGAUCCUGGCACCUGGUGAGGUUUUAUUUAGGGCUCAAAUGAGGCGCCCAAGACCGAGUUUUUCUCCUUCAGUGUUGCUUCCUUUCUCAGCCAUGAGUUCCCCUUCUAGUCCAAAGAUGGCAGCCUGCAGUUUCUGGGCUGCAAAUUUCCUUGUUCUUUCUUAAUGCGCCAACCAAAGGCCUGGAAUUGAGUUUGGUUUCCCUGGUUGACUUGACUUGGAUCCUGUGCUCUCCUGAACCAGAUACUGUGCCAAGAGCAUGGGAUGAAUUGACUGCCUGGGAGAUUCUGGGUAAUGAUGCUGGGGAGGUACCUCCAAACCUCCACUAUGCACUAUACAGAGCCUUCUGCUUUUCUGGAAACCCUGGUGGUGUAGUGGUUAAGUGCUAUGGCUGCUAACCAAAGGUUGGCAGUUCGAAUCUGCCAGGUGCUCCUUGGAAACUCUAUGGGGCAGUUCUAUGCUAUCCUAUAGGGUUUCUAUGAGUCAGAAUCGACUCGAUGGCACUGGGUUUGGUUUGGUUUUGGUUCUGCUUUUCUAAGCUCUUAGGCUUACGUUAUCUCAUUUGAAAUGAAAGCCUGAGAGGUAGGUAGGGCAUUUUGUGGAUGAGAAAGUGAAGUCUGCUGUGGGUUCAAGUUACCCAAGGCCUUGUCAGUGGUGGAGCUGGACCACAUUCAGGAUUUUAUGACUCUUUCAAUUUCUUUUCACUGCAUUCUGCCUUCUCUCUCUGACCCUUCUUGCCACCCCUCUUCUUCCGUUCCCCCAACACCAGUGCAGGGUUCUUCGUUAAAUAGACAGUCAGUCAAUAGUCGUUAACUUGUUAUUGACUGACCAGAGUACCAUCAGACCAAAGGUGGCCUUUCUGCUUAUAUUAUGUGAAUAUCAUUAUAGCAAAAGCCAAUGUGGUCGAUUCCCAGUUAUUAAUUUGUGUAUUGUCCCUGACAAUUCAGUUUCUCCUUCUCUGAAUUAUGGGAUUCUUCCAACAGAAGGAUGAAGUUUGGAGCUAUUGAAGGUAGAGAUUCAGGGAAGAGCCAAGAGAGGCUCUGUGUGUGUGUGCGUGCAUGCACGUGUGCACACGCAAGCAUGCACGUGGGCCUGCAUUACAAAAUUAAGUAUGUUUUAAUUCCCCACCUCCAUAGUGUGGAUAAUUGAAAUUACAUAACUUACUUUGGUAAAGGUCACUGUUGGCAAGGUCCUAAUUACUCACACCAAAGACCUAUGGAUAGGUGCGCCACUUAGAGACAUUUUGAAUAAUAGCUAUACAUUUGCUUUUCAUUUUUAAGAAAAAUCACUGGUACCAAUUGUGUUCCUCCUGCCUGGAAAACCUUCCCCCAUCAAUAUUUCACCUUCAGUUUUACUUUCACUUCCUCUGUGAAGCUCUGUAGACUUUCUCCUUGUGCUGAAGAUAUACAUUCCAUAGUUGGCACCUCACCCUGUAUCCUGUGGUUCGCUGAUUGCUUCAUAUAUACGUGUUUUAUCUCCUUGAUCAUUUGGUUAACUGUUUGAGGUCAGGGCUUGGUCUUACCAUCUUUUUUUAAAAAAUCCUCCACAGCAGUUACUGCAUGCUCACGUGAAGUGGGUGCCCAGUUGGUAUCUGGUUCGUUGAUGGGUGCUUCUCUGCAGUGCUCCCAUAUCUCCGUCAUUGUACUUAUCAUGUGGCUUUGCAGUUGUCUGGCUACUUGUUUCCAUUCCCCCAGUACAAUUCUUGAUACGUAUUAAGGGCAAAAUAAUUAUGUGUUGAAUAAUUGAAUGCUUCCGGACUCCCUACCCCCUGUCACUGAACCAUAAGUUCUUUGAAGUCGGAGACUCUGAUUUUUCCUUGUAUGUUUGACAGUGCCUGCCUAACACAGUGUCUGCCGUGUAGUAAAUGCUCAAUAAACCCUUGUUGAAUUAAUGCAUUACGUGGAACCUGCUUUCUGGAGAGGCAGAUGGGAACUGAAGCUCUGAGAGGGAAGAGGGUACUUGAGACUGGGUGCAGAUGGGGUUCAAGACCUAGUGUGCCAACCCCUCCCCACUUCUGAUUUCGAAGUACAGAUAAGGCACUUCCCUGUGGGUGGAGGGCUAUGUUCUCUCCCACCUGGGUGCCUGGUGAGCUCAUGCCUGAGAAAUAGUCAAGUAAAGGAUAGUGGCCAAGAUUCUAAGUUUUAUUUUAAAAACAACAAUAAAGAGGUUUCUGUUCUACCUGAGCCACUUCAGAAAUCUGCAUGGUUGAGAUGAGAAGAUGCAAGACCAGAUUACAGAAGAAAGGGCACAGUGGUCACCUCUCAUGUUGCCCUGUUUUUCCUUCCCAUUGGCCCUGGGGGCUGCUCAUGAGCAGUGACUGUCCACAUAGCAGAGGGAAGGAGCAGUCAAAAGCCAAGCAACCCCCUAGCAUCCCUGAGUGUUCUGGUACCAAAAGGGUGACCAACUCACCGUGGUUUGCCUAGGAUUUUCCUGGUUUUAGCACUGAAAGUCCUAAAACUCUUGGGAAUCCCUCAGUCCCUGCCAAAGUGGGAUGAUUAAUCAUGUCAGAUGCCGCUUGCUCCCUUCCCUGCCCCUGUCAGUCUUAAUUCCUUUUCCCUUUUCAUUACCCUUGACUGAGCCCUGUCCCUCUUCUUUUUCUGCUUCCUCUGUUGCUUCUACCUUAACCUUUCCAAGGGCUGCUGUCAGCCUGGCUUGCAUUUCUGUUGUUGCGUUUCUACUUUUCCAGACCAGCGUUCUGAAUCGCUGUGGGUUGACCAGAAUUCCUGGAGCUAGCCAUAGUUGUUGCAGCUAGAUGUAGUACUGCUUUCAUGUCAUUGCUGGUUCUGGACUGCUCUUGAAAUCAGUUGAGAUGUGAAAGCUUCUGUCACAUAAAGUUAGAAUCUGUCUGCCUUCAAGGAGAGUCUGUCCUCUCAGUGGGAGGCUGUUUGUAUACAUGGGGUGCUUAAUAAGUGGGUGACCAGCCAACAUGGCAAAGCAGCACCCUCUGCCUGGAUGGUAAGGGCAGGAGAAGCAUCAGCCAGUGUAGCUCCACCCACAGUACUGAUGUCACCUGAAUGAGGUCCACUGCCUCUCAUCCCCAGCCUCAGCCCUUGUCUCCAGCCUCAGCCCUCGGCUCCUCUUUCCUCUCUGCUCAGACUGACCUCCUCACCUCAGCCCUUGCUCUAGCCCGCCCUCUUCCUCAAAGCCUUGUUGCCCGCACUUACGCCUUUUUUCUCAGAACUCUUAUUACACAUAUAGUAAGUGCUGUGCUGUUCAGUGAGUAUAAUUGUUUUCUUCCAUGUUGCUCAUGUGUUAAUCUGCCUGAAGAGCGGACUUUAACUUGUGUUUCCUUUCCUUCCACCCCGUAGCACCUGGCCUUGUGCUGGGCACAGAGUUGGCCCUUGCUUGAUUAAUAUUGUUGAUUGAUGUUUUUUUGGUGAUUUAUGGGUGACAGAGAACAUGUAAGCAUGUGGGUUGCUUCCCUGUGAGCACCUGUGUGCAGGAUACGUUGACAACAUGGAGGAAAAGGUCAGGAAUGGAGACUGUGCCCUAAAUGAGGUCUGGGACCAUGGAUGGAAUGAAUCCAGUUACCCUGACUUCCUCUUUAACACUGGUACAAGAGAAUGAGGCUUUUUAUGCGAAGUGGAUUUUUAGUUGCAAAAUACUGUACUUUAUGUGGUUGGCUUUGCAUUUUCUGGAACAUUCUAAAGUAAUUUUAAAAAUAAUUGCAAAGGAUGAAACAAUUCCAAGAGAGGCAGUGAAGUGGUUUUUGAUUUUUAUAGAGUUUUCCUUUUUUAAUUCUUUGCCUUUUUGGAGGAGGUGCUACAGAGUCCCUGAUCCUAUAGACCUAAUUCAGUUAUUUCUCUUAGCAUUGCUCAUCUGUGGUGAAGAUGCUGCUGUCAUCCACCAUCAGGAAGAACCAGGUCUCCUCUUCCCACCUGUCCAGCAGCAUGAGAGCAGCAUGACUGGCCGGCCGCAGGAGAAGCCCCCGGAACCAGGCCCCCAACUCAGCCAUCUGCUGUGGAGGUCAAGGUGUGAGCAGCAUCUCCUCACCAAGGUGGUGUUUGGUCCGUACCUCAGCCUGGGCGAGGAUGUAAAACUCCCCACUCUGCACCUGAGUGGUUCAGGCCAGCAGGGACACCUGGCUCCAGCCACCACCGUCACAGACAUGUCAGCCAUGGAGUAGUGUGGACGUUUUCUCUCAGCUUCUCAGGGUUUCGGUCCUUUUUGGUUUGUUUCGUUUACCUUUUUUUAUGGUUUUGUGGCUGGACAUUCACGACCAAGGCAAGCACCAUGGGGGAUCAGCAACUGUACAAGACCAACCACGUGGCCCACAGCAGUGAGAACCUCUUCUACCAACAGCCCCCCCUGGGCAUCCACAGCAGCCUGAACCACAACUAUGGGAAUACAGUCACAGGGGGUGGGAUGGAUGCCCCUCAGGCUUCUCCCAUCUCCCCCCACUUCCCUCAAGAUACUCGAGAUAGCCUGGGCUUAUCUGUUGGUUCCAAAAGCCUUGGCCAAGUGGAUACUUCGAGGCAGGGAGGGUGGGGAGGCCAUUCUGGGCCCGGAAACCAUGUCCAGCUGCGUGGCAACCUGGCCAAUUCCAAUAUGAUGUGGGGCGCGUCAGCCCAGGCUGAGCCCACCGAUGGCUACCAAUAUACCUACUCCCAGGCCAGUGAGAUCCGGACCCAGAAGCUUACCAGCGGUGUCCUGCACAAGCUGGACUCUUUCACCCAGGUGUUUGCCAACCAAAACCUGCGCAUUCAGGUCAACAAUAUGGCCCAGGUGCUGCACGCCCAGUCAGCAGUGAUGGACGGGACUCCUGACAGUGCCCUCCGCCAGUUGCUGUCUCAGAAACCCAUGGAGCCCCCAGCAGCGGCUAUUCCUCCCCGCUACCAGCAGGUGCCACAGCAGCCUCACCCUGGUUUCACUGGCGGACUGUCGAAACCAGCUCUUCAGGUCGGGCAGCACCCUACCCAAGGGCACCUGUAUUAUGACUACCAGCAGCCACUGGCUCAAAUGCCAGUGCAGGGGGGACAGCCACUGCAGGCCCCUCAGAUGCUGUCACAGCACAUGCAGCAGGUGCAGCAGCACCAGUAUUACCCGCAGCAACAGCAGCAAGCUGGACAACAGCGGAUCUCUGUGCAAGAAAUGGAGCAGCAGCAGCAGAUUCACCCGUCACAGCCUCAGCAGCAGCUACAGCUGCAGCAGCGCCAGGGUGCAAUGCAGAUACCUCAGUAUUAUCAGCCCCAACCCAUGGUGCAGCACUUGCAAGAGCAGCAACAGCAGCAACAGAUGCACCUACAGCCCCCCUCUUAUCACAGGGACCCCCACCAGUACACCCCAGAGCAGGCGCACGCUGUCCAGCUGAUUCAGCUGGGCUCCAUGCCCCAGUACUACUACCAGGAGCCCCAGCAGCCCUACGGCCACCCACUCUACCAGCAGAGCCACCUGCCUCAGCACCAGCAGCGUGAGGACAGUCAGCCGAAGACUUAUCCCAGUGACAGGCAGGCCCAGGCCCUGCUGAGCUCCCACGGGGACCUGGGACCUCCCGAUACAGGAAUGGGGGACCCAGCAAGCUCGGACCUGAACCGGGUCAGCAGUGCCCUUCCCCAUCGAUCGCUCCUGUCCCCCAGUGGGAUCCACCUCAACAGCGUGGGGCCUCAGCACCAGCAGCUAUCCCCCAGUGCCAUGUGGCCCCAGAUGCACCUACCUGAUGGCAGAACCCAGCCAGGGUCUCCUGAGUCAAGUGGCCAAGCCAAAGGAGUGUUUGGGGAGCAGUUUGAUGCCAAGAACAAGCUAACGUGCUCCAUCUGCCUGAAGGAGUUCAAGAGCCUGCCUGCCCUGAAUGGCCACAUGCGGUCCCACGGGGGAAUGAGGGCCUCCCCCAGCCUCAAACAGGAGGAAGGAGAGAAGGCCGCGCCGCCUCAGCCUCAGCCUCAGCCUCAGCCUCAGCCUCAGCCUCAGCCUCAGCCUCAGCCUCAGCCCCAGCCACCACUGCCGCCUCCGCCUCCGCCGCCACCGCAGCUCCCUCCCGAGGCAGAUAGCCUCACGCCUAUGGUCAUGCCCGUGUCUGUCCCUGUCAAGCUUCUCCUGCCCAAGCCCAGCUCACAGGGGUUCGCCACCAGCGUCGUUGCUGCCCCCUCGGCCAGAGACAAGCCAGCCAGCUCGGUGUCGGACGACGAGAUGCCCGUGCUCGUGAGGAUGACCCUCUCUCCCCCACACUCACCCCAAGGGGCUGCCCCCCGCACGCCUGCUGAAAUUCCCAAGAAACAUCAGCCAGGCGUGGCCAAAGCUGAGGAACCCCUCAAGCCUGUGCAAGAGAAGAAAAAGUUCCGGCACCGGCCGGAACCGCUCUUCAUCCCGCCACCACCCUCCUACAACCUGAACCCCGCCUCUUCCUAUUCGGGCGCAACCCUCUACCAGAGCCAGCUACGCUCCCCGCGCGUCCUCGGGGACCACCUGCUCCUGGACCCCACCCACGAGCUGCCCCCCUACACGCCCCCGCCCAUGCUGAGCCCAGUCCGCCAGGGCUCGGGGCUCUUCAGCAAUGUCCUCAUCUCCGGCCAUGGCGCUGGCGCCCAUCCGCAGCUGCCCCUCACGCCCCUGACGCCCACGCCGCGCGUGUUGCUCUGCCGCUCCAAUAGCAUCGAUGGCAGCAGUGUGACUGUCACCCCAGGCCCUGGGGAGCAGACCAUGGAUGUUGAACCACGUAUCAACAUUGGCUUAAGAUUCCAAGCAGAGAUCCCAGAACUCCAGGACGCCUCUGCCUUGGCCCAGGACACACACAAGGCCACACUGGUAUGGAAGCCCUGGCCAGAGCUGGAAAACCACGACCUCCAGCAAAGAGUGGAGAAUCUCCUGAAUUUAUGCUGUUCAAGCGCAUUGCCAGGCGGAGGGACCAAUUCUGAAUUUGCUUUGCACUCUCUCUUCGAGGCCAAAGGUGAUGUGAUGGCUGCUCUGGAAAUGCUGCUGCUGCGGAAGCCAGUCAGGUUAAAAUAUCAUCCUUUAGCAAAUUACCACUAUGCCGGUUCCGACAAGUGGACCUCUCUAGAAAGAAAACUGUUUAAUAAAGCACUAGCCACUUACAGCAAAGACUUUAUUUUUGUACAGAAGAUGGUGAAGUCUAAGACAGUGGCUCAGUGUGUGGAAUACUACUACACAUGGAAAAAAAUAAUGCGCUUAGGGCGGAAACAUCGGACACGCCUCACAGAGAUCAUAGAGGAUUGUGUGACGAGCGAAGAAGAAGAAGAGCUAGAGGAGGAGGAGGAGGACCUAGAAGAAGAUAGGAAAUCCACAAAAGAAGAGGAGAGUGAAGCCGCGAAGUCCCCGGAGCCACCACCGCCAGUCCCUGCCCUGGCUCCCGCGGAGGGGCUGGCCCUGCAGGCCCUCAGCCAGCCCUUGGGCUCCUUCAUCUGUGAAAUGCCCAACUGUGGGGCUGUGUUCAGCUCCCGACAGGCACUGAACGGCCACGCCCGCAUCCAUGGCGGCACCAACCAGGUGGCCAAAGCCCGGGGUACUGUCCCUUCUGGGAAGCAGAAGCCUGGUGGUGCCCAGAGUGGGUACUGCUCAGUGAAGAGCUCACCCUCUCACAGCACCACCAGCGGUGAGACGGACCCCACCACCAUCUUCCCCUGCAAGGAGUGUGGCAAGGUCUUCUUCAAGAUCAAAAGCCGAAACGCGCACAUGAAAACCCACAGGCAGCAGGAGGAACAGCAGAGGCAAAAGGCUCAGAAAGCGGCUUUUGCGGCUGAAAUGGCAGCCACCAUUGAGAGGACUACAGGGCCGGCCGGGGGGCCGGGGCUGCUGCCCCUGGACCAGCUGAACUUGAUCAAGCCCAUUAAGGACGUGGACAUCCUGGAUGACGACAUGGUCCAGCAGCUAGGAGGUGUCAUGGAAGAGGCUGAGGUCGUGGAUACCGAUCUCCUCUUGGAUGAUCAAGAUUCAGUUUUGCUUCAGGGUGACACAGAACUAUGAAGCCCCUUGUUGCUUAGAGACAGUGGAACCACGGCCUCCAUCUUCAUUAUCAGGAAACCUGGACUGCCUGCUUGUUUUGUAACCAUUUUAAACUACCUGUUUAAACAGUGGUCGUUUUAUUCAGGUUUAGAGGGGGAAAAAAAUCCAGUUUCUUUUCCUUUUAUUUAAAAAAAAAAAAAAGUUUUGUUGGGGGGGCUUGGGGGGAAUAAAUAAUUGGCACAAAUAUCUUUAAGAGGUGUUCCAUCUGGGCUGUGUUCUCCUGUAAUCAUUCCUGGCAGGUGACAAACCUGAUGUCCACGUUCCAUUUGCUUUCAGAUGUCCACCAUCCUGGUUGCCUUUUAUCCCAAAGCUUGCUCUGUGUGUGUGCGUGCGUGCGUGCGUGCGUGCGUGUGUGUGCGUGUGCGCCCUUCCACGCGUGUGCAUGUGUGUGAAGCAGGCUCCCCUCUCUGUGCUGGGGCCUUGAGCCGUCUUUUCCUAUCAAGAGUUAUUUUUGUUCUGUUCUGGCCUUGUUCUGUAGUUUGCAAUGAACCUGGUGUCUUUUUCAGGAGACUGUGCAGGGGUUGCUUUCCAGUGGGUAAAGCAAGCCUUCACAUUCCACAGCUUUCCUCUAGCACAUAGAUCGUUUGAAGAGUGACCAAACAGAUUUUCACUCUACCUGGCCUGUUCCUUGAUGUGACCUAUUUACAGCAACUGAGGACUGCAUGACCUUAGGCCAUUACUGAGUGACUUACCAAGGACCUGGCCUGCAGGGCAGACAUGGCCUCUCCCCUGUCCCUGUCUGUGGUCGGCUCUGAAUCAUGGGCUGGCAGAGCUGUGUUUCGGUGAGAGCUGAUGUGGAGACCCCUCGAGUAAAAUAACCCCGACUAUUUUUUCUUUUUUAUUAUUAUUAUAGCCAAGGCCGUAGAGGAUGGCUUUUGUUUUUAGGGAGGGUGGAUGAGGGCCACACAUUGAAGCACCUGGAAUCCAAGAAGUAUUCUUUUUGCCCAAAGACAAGAUCCCAAGAGUCUGCUCUUUUUUUUUUUUGCAGCACUGUUCAUGGUCAUUGGGGUUCUGAAAUUACUUUGCGCCAUUUGGAAGUACUGUGAAACCUCAUUCGUUAGGAUUUUGCUGAAAUUCACCUAUGCUGAACUGGUUAACCUUGACACUAGCUAUGAGAGUUUUCUAACAAAAUGGGAUUGCAAAUACAAGGGAAAUAGCAUUGAAAGCCAGCAAAAAUGGUUUCAGAUACCACUUUAGCUACCACGUUUGCAUUCAAGCAACAAAUGCAUUCAUUACACUUCUCACCAAAGCACUUCGAGAAUUCUCCAAGCUGCAUAACUUUGUCUCUUCCUGUUCCUGUCAGCAUGGUUGCUGUUUGUACUUGAAGGUAAUAAACCUGUAAUCCUUCAAAAAUGUCAUUCAGCUCAGGCUUCUGACUGAGUCAGACUGAUCUAGCCCACUGUUAGGCAGACGCCAACCCGAACAGGGAAGACCCUGCGUGUCACUGCUCCCCCUUCAACGUUAGUGCCCAUGGCAUCCGAAGCAGGUGUUUUCAGGCCUUGCCCCAGCCCAGGUAGGCUUGUUCCCCAGCUCUGUGCAAGUGCAGUGAUCAUGCUGGGCCUCUAGACUGGCAGGUUAAUAGCUCAACACAGGAGUUACCAGUGGAAGCAAGAGGGUAGGGCUCGAAGAGCAUCUUUGACUCUCCGAAAGCAUUAGUACAACCUCAUCAGAAGUCAGCUCUGGCCCACAGCGGCCCCACAAGGGCAAUGUUCUUGGAAACUCUGGAAAGCCCUAGACAGAAGAAAAAUAGAUUCUUUUCAUUUUCAUCAUUCUGUUUUCAGAAAAUAGGUUUUUUUUUAAAAAGUGUUCUAUUUGCUGCCAUUUCAGACAGGUUAUUAUAUUCUAUGUUUUAUCUAAGCGGUUUUGAGUUGAGAACUUGCCUUGACAGUAGACAUCAACUUUAUGGCAGAACUAUUACGGAACCAUUCCAGCUGUCAUAUGGUCGAUCGGCUGACUCAGAUGGAAUCGGCCACUGUGCCCACUUCCCUUCACUUACUGGUGUCUGGGAGUGACUCCGAAUGGUUCUGUUCCUCGGUCUAUGGAAGCUUAUCUAUCAAAGGAGCCAAUGCAUUUCUUCUGUUGGGAGAUUUACCCAGCUGUUCUGGUUUUAAACAUUAAAAAGAAACUUGAGUUGCCAAGGUAAAAAUAAAAUGCACAGUUUAAUUUUUUGUGCAGUACAGCAUAAGGAUUUUUGACUUGAGAUAACCAAAGAACUCCUCCUUCACGAGACGGUUCAAAUUCUGAAUUAGUAUUUCUUGACAAUAUCAACUUAAAGAAUUGACUUCAUAGUAAAAUUUGCACUUUUUUUUUCUGAAAUGAUUCUGCCUGCAUGUAUGUGUUGUGUUUUAGCCCCCACCCCACCCCACCCCAAAGAAGUUUCCUUUCUAAUGGUUAAUGUCUUCAACACAGUUACUGUUUACUAUCAGAUGGUUUUUCAUGAGUGAAUUUAGACCUCCUUGAGAAAGCUUGUAUAUAAAAAGUUAACAGAUAUAUUUUAUGGAAAAACCCAUCUUAUUUUCAAAUAUAUUUAACUGCUGUUAUAUUUUAUUAGAGGAAGGGUGUACAUAUUUUCUAGGAGUUCUAUUGUAAAGAAAAGUAUUUUUGAAAAAAAAACCUAAUGUAAUAAAAAUGAAAACAUUUUUAAAUAGUGGUUGUGAUUGCUUCCUGUUCUGGCUUCGUUAAGUUCUAUUCUCAGCAACUGACUUGCAUGCCUUUCCAUUUCAGGAUGUAAUUUAUUCACAUUUGCACUAUUACAAGUUGACGUCAUAAUAUCCAGUGUGCUUAACUGUAUUUUCCCGGAAUGCAGAUCCCUUGGUUCAUAUCAAGAGCACUAUGUAUAGCCUAUUCAUAAUUUUUCUUUUGUAAUGUGUGUAUUUUUAAUAAGGAUUUUAUGUAACAUUUUGGCAAAAAAAAAAAAGGACAGUAUUUUCUAGUGAAUUUUAUAAUAACAUUUUGCUAAAAAUGUUUCUCCUAGGUCAGUUUUUGUUAAGAUGAAACAAAAGUCUUAUUUUACCAGGGGUUAAAAAAAAAAAUUGAAGCUUGAAAGCAAAGUUAUAUUUAAACAUCAUAUGUAACAAAUAAAUAAAGAUGUUUUAUAGACUUGUCCUAAAAAGGUGCAUUCCUUUAAAAGAACAAACAAAAAGCUGGGGCAUUCUAGGUUGUUUUUCCCCCCUGAGUGAUCGGCAUUUUUUUUUAAUUGUCAUGAUGCCUCCUCAGAAAGAGAAACCAGGAGGAUUUAGCUUAAAAAGUUCCAGUCAUUAGCCUUCUCAGAAAUUUAUUUCAGUUCCUAUGGAUGGACAUUCAUCAAAUAGAGAUGUAACCAAAUAGACACUGUCAUAUUUAUUUGUGAAAACCUGAUUCAAUAUUGCAUCAGCUGCUCUGAAAAUAAAAUAUUACCUUUAUGAGUUUCAUUUUGGCUUA